GCCCCUCCUGCCUUCCCUGCCGGGUCCCGCUGCUUCCCGGAGGCGCUGGAGGUGCAGACUGUGGCCCAUGGGGCCCUCGGUGCUGCCCACCUGGCUGCAGCCCAGGUAUAGAAAGAAUGUGUAUCUUUUCAUCUAUUACCUAGUCCAGUUCUGUGGCCACUCAUGGAUACUGACAAAUAUGACAGCCAGAUUCUUCUCCUUUGGAAAAGAUUCAAUGGUUGACACAUUUUAUGCUAUCGGGCUGGUUAUGCGGGUUUGCCAAUCCAUUUCCCUCCUGGAGCUGCUGCACAUUUAUAUUGGCAUUGAGUCAAACCAUCUUUUCCCAAGGUUUUUGCAGCUCAUGGAGAGAGUGGUCAUUCUUUUUGGGGUGAUCACCAGUCAAGAGGAAAUCCAAGAGAAAUAUGUGGUGUGUGUUUUAUUCAUCUUUUGGAAUCUACUGGAUAUGGUAAGAUACACAUAUAGCAUGCUGUCAGUCAUAGGAAUAUCUUAUGCUGUCUUGACAUGGCUCAGUCAAACACUGUGGAUGCCAAUUUAUCCUCUGUGUGUUCUUGCCGAAGCAUUUACCAUCUAUCAGUCACUGCCUUAUUUCGAAUCAUUUGGCGCCAACUGCACCAUGCUGCCAUUGGACAUAUCUACCUGUUUCCCUUACGUGCUCAAGCUGUAUCUCCUGGUGCUCUUCAUAGGUAUGUAUUUCACCUACAGCCAUCUUUACACAGAAAGAAAAGAUGUCCUCGGAGUCAUUUCUGCCAAACCGAAGAAAAAGUGAGGCAGCAUCCCUGCCCAUCGCACAAAAGAGAAGAUGGGCUGGUGGGUCAGCCUGCAGCCAACACAACACUGGCGUAUGCUAGAGUAAAAGAACAGAGAACUUAACAACAAUCUAUUACAUGGAUUAUUGCAGGCACUGCACAUUCUGUUCCACAUCUACUGUGCUGUAUGAACAAAUCUUCAACAGGCACAGCACACCUUUGCUACACCAAGGCUGUGGACUUCACACAGGUUACAUUUAUACUGCCUGAAGUCUGAAUGUUUUCGUGUAAAGUAAAUGAGAAAUAGAUUCAGUGGAGUAAGUUCAAUUGACUCGAGAAACCAAUUGAUGAACUUCUGUAAUAACAACUAGCAGAUUUAUAGGACAGGAAUGCUGUAAAGUAUCCUCUUUAAUUCUAGGAUAACAUACUCUAUAGACAAAUGCCCCCACCCUUAGAACCAAUCACCUUGAACAUUACAUCUACUUAGAUACACUGCAGACAAAUGCCCCCACCCUUAGAACCAAUCACCUUGAACAUUACAUCUACUUAGAUACUCUGCAGACAAAUGCCCCUGCCCUUAGAGCCAAUCACCUUGAACAUUACAUAUAUUUAGAUGCCUAUCAAACAUCUUCUGUGACUUAGCUCAGGCCACUGCUAUAUCACAAAGUGCAAUCCCCUCCCAUAGGACUUGGUUGCAAAACUAUAGAAAUCUAUGUUUUACAGUUCUGGAGGCUUGGAUGUCCAAAAGCAAGAUGCUAGCCAAUUCAGUAAGGUUAGUUAGGGUAGAUGUGAACUGUAGAUCUGAUCAGCUACUCUAGUAGGAACACUGCUAGUCUGAGCUGUAGUUAACAGAGAUAGGAAGACAGUUGGACUUCUUAGAACUUGACAGAAUGGCCCCUUGAGCUCUUUGGAGAUACACACACACACACACACACACACACACAUAUAUAUAUACACACACAUAUAUAUUAUUUUCUAAGACCAGGGAAGGGUGAAUCAAAGAUGAUCAGAGCUGCCUCCUAAGUCACAUAAGGGAAACUUAUCAGCCCUAAUUUGUAUGAUGAUGAGUUCUCUAAGAAAACAAGGCUUCCACUCCAGAUGUCCUUUCUUCCUCAGCUCUGACCACAGUCACUUUUAUCAAACCCUAAAAGAUGAUAUCAGCAUCUUAAAACUCUUCCAUCUUCUACUUCAAAGCUGCUUCUCCACAUUUACGUUCUGAGUACAGUGGUGCCUCACCUCUUGUUAUCCACUGCUCUCUUAGUUUGGAUUGCUGCAACAAAGUACUAUUAAAUUGAGUGAUUCUGUAAAUCAAAAAGCUCAAUACCAAGAUAGCAAGUGACAGUUGAUUCUUGAGUGUGAGAUACAGAGGGAUACCUCCUUGCUGUGUGCCCACGUGGUAGAGAAAGAAAGCACCUCUCCCAAGUCCCUUCUUGUGAACUCACUAAUCUUCAGAAAAGCUCCCUCUGCACCCCUACUUACUUCCCAAAGCCCACCUCCAAAUACUUCCACUCCAAAAGAAGUUAACAUCUACUAAUUCAUCAUAAGAUGUUUUCUGCAGCCCCUUGGUUACCAUGGAGUUAUUACAUUAUUACUGUAACAUGAUUUUAGAUAACUGCACAGAUGCCCACAUCUUUGCCAAAUGCAUACUUUUCAAAUCCAAUCUGUGUUUGGAUACUUCCUUAAGGCACAAUGUAGCUUUAACCCUACCCGGGUGCAUCCUCAAAUACUAUUUGUCUUGGCAACUUGUGUUUUCAAGAUCUGACAAGAGAGGACUUAAAACAAAGACUUCCUUAUGCAGUUCAGAACAUGAUCUAAAAAAGCAGCAGCAGCUUGCUUGUGUAAAAGCGGGGAGAGGGGAGCAUCUUGGUGGAACAAUGUAACUCUUAUAUGGGGGUCAUAGAGCUAACCAGGGGCAGGUUAUUAUUUCACUUGUAUACCUUUGAGUUUACUCUUUAGAGUCACUAAUUUGGAAUCCUUAGAGGUCCAAUCAGCAGAAAACCACAUGACUUCCAUCCAUGAAUGCUCAAAGCAGAAAGAACUAGUUAAGAGGGCUGAGGAUUACUUUAUUUCCUUCUUUUUGUAAGCUUCUGUUUUCUCGUGAAGGACAGGAGGAAAUACCAGGUUUGAGAAGAAAUUAGGUUGAAAAGCCAUGGGAAAUCUGAAAUCUGAAGUCUAGGCAGAUUCUCCCUUUCCUUGGGCAUCAGCAAAUGUUUAGUUGCUGAUUCAUGAUGUCUCCAGUGCCCACUUCCUCUUCAGGGCUCAUUGUCUCCUGUAUUUCCAAGGUACUCUGGAAUCUAGAGCUCUUUAAUGCAUGCAAACUUGGUUUGCUACACUAGUCCCAAGCUUCCCAGUGUCAAAGGCUUCUCUUAGCAGAUCUGCACGUUAGAGUGGGAGCCAAGGUGUCUGAUGCAGUAGAAAAGGCUUUGGAUCUUAGGCUCUCGGACCUUGGUUUCAGGUAAAACUCUCCCACUUAUUAAAUAUUUUUGUUCCAUUUUAAAAUAGAAAACAAUGCCCCCUACAGUAUUGUUCAAGACUUCAAACAAGCUAAGCCAAAUGAAAAGUCUAGUGUACUCAUGGUCUGGCACCCAACAGCAAAUGCUAGAUGACUUUCAGUUUCUAGAUGGUAGGGAGUAUACAAUAGCACACACAGGAUGAAAAAAAAGCUGCUGUAAAUUGCUACCACCUCUUUCUCGCUUGGCUGAAACUUAUUUCCUUGUAGUCCAACUUGUAAAGAAAUUAUAUAUCUGGAAAAUAAAAUUAGUAGUGCUGCUAUGAACUUGCCAGGUGCACUUUGGGACAAGAAGAUAAGUGCCCCCUGUUAGUAGUAGAAGUUCUAUAGUGUUUGUGAAGCCCCAGGCACUGUCUGUGUGGCAGAUACAAAAAGCACCUGACAUCAGUGUCAUGACUUUGCUUCCUAAUGAUUCCCUGUUUGUACAUUUAUAUGACUGAGCCCCAGUUGAAGUCACGAUAAUUAGUGAGCAUCAAAGUUAAAAUGCUGCCCGAGUCUCUCGUCAUGGCAGUAGCUGAAAUUGUGAUACUAUCACAAACCGUUAGGCCACGAACCAUUCUGGUAAAAUGAGCUGUACUUAUAAAAAAAAAAUGAUCUAUGGAGGAGAUAUUGAUCCUUUUUUGCUUGUCUAGCAUCCUAUCAUCUUUCUCCUGGGGAAACUCAGUUCAGAGGUUUUGCUUGGGGCUGCCUCCUCUGUGACUUAGGCCUGGUCACCGAGUGUAUCCCACAUGCCAAGGACCAGAUACUGUUCAGAGACCCACAUGGCUUCUGGGGUCCUCCCAGUGCUGCUUCUCCCAUGCCUGUGGAAAAAAGAACCUUUCUUUACCUUUGAGGUUGCUGGCAGACACCUUGCCAAGUAGGAGGCACAGUCUCCAGAGGAACAGAUCACAGCAUCACGGGAUCCAUCAGACCAACAUUGAUGUGAAUUAAGUCUCCUUUGCAACGACUGCUGUUGUGAAUUGGAUAACUUUUUCUUGCACUCAUGACAUCCAAGCAAAGGAAUUAUAACUAUCGCUGAUGAACCUAACCUGGGUACCAGUCGGUGUCAUGUCUCGCAAUGUGAAUGUGCCUAGCAGUGCUCUUGUGUUUUAUCAACAGGAAUAAAAUUUGUCUAACUCA